AUGCCCACCCUACCUCUCCGCAUAGCCAUCCUCGAAUGCGAUACCCCCCUCCCAUCCGUGGUAUCUAAAUACGGCGCCUACGACCGCCUCUUCACCCAACUCCUCAAAGCCGGCGCCGACUCCCUCUCCUCCUCCUCCUCCUCUCCCUCCUACCCUGGGCUCUCGGCUGCCUCCGGAUUGGAAAUCACAGCCUUUGACGUCGUCACCGCACAGUCCUACCCUCGCCUAGAAGACGUGGACGCUCUGCUGAUCACGGGAUCGAAAUACAAUUCCUUCGACAACGACCCGUGGAUCCUGAAGCUGGUAGAGUACACGAAACAGGUGCUGGAGCAGAGGAGAGUGAGGAUCUUGGGCGUGUGUUUUGGGCAUCAGAUCUUGGCGCGGGCAAUGGGGGUCGAGGUCGGCAGGAGUGAGGGCGGGUGGGAGGUGAGUGUGGUGACUAUGGACUUGACGAGCAGGGGCCAGGAGAUCUUUGGGAAGAAGAGUCUGGCUAUACAUCAAAUGCAUAGAGACGCCAUUUUCUCCUAUCCGGAAGGGGUAGAGGGCUUGGCUUCUACCAGCGCUUGUUCUACGCACGCCAUGUAUGCGAAGGGGAGGUUUAUUUCGGUGCAGGGCCAUCCCGAGUUUACUCGGGAAAUCAUGACGGAAGUGUUAGAAGCUCGGCAUGCUCAGGGGGUCUUCAGCGACGAGAUAUACAAGUCAGGGUCGGAACGAGUAGACAGGCACCAAGACGGUGUUGUGGUAGCACAGGCGUUCCUUAAGUUUUUACUAGAGGAUUAG